AUGUCGAUGGUACCAGCUGCACGCCGUGGGUGUAUCAUGGGUGUUCGGUUUCCCCGUACUGAAGCAGAGUUGAUCAACUUUCUGAAAAGGUUCCUAAAGGGCGAGCUUUUGCCGAGUGAAUGCCCUAAUUUCCAACUUGCCGAUAUCUAUGGAGACCAACCACCAUGGCAGAUAUUUGCAGCUUCUGAUCAUCCCGAAGAGAAGGUUCGCUAUAUUUUUACUCGGUUGAAGAAGCAGAAGAGCGAACAUACAAGGGUUCGUCGAACUUGCGCCAACGGGACAUGGAAAGGCCAAACCGGUAUUUUUCCUAUCAAGAAUGGUAAGGGAACUGUGGUUGGGUUUAGAAGAUGUUUCAAGUUUCAAACUAGUAGUAAAGAAGGAGAGCACAAUAAAGAUUGGCUGAUGAAAGAAUAUUCCGUCGGGGAUGAUUUCUUCAAAGAAAACAAUAUUCCUAAAGAGGAUAUUGUAGUGUGCCGAAUCAAGAAGAAUAUAAGAGCUGAGAAAAAUCAUGGGGUAACUAUGGAGGAACAAGUUGCUCCAAAAGUAAUCGAAGCUAUGUUGCAUGGACCUGAUGAAGUUUACGGCACAACAGUACUACAACCAGAAACAACUUGUGAAGCAGCUGAACAUCAAGUUAUGGACGAGACUCAAAAGAUGAAUGAACAGAAUAAUAAUAAUAGCAGCAAUACUAAUGACUGCUCCAACUACCAACAGGAGAUUAAUUGGGCUGAUGAUCUGCUCAUAGGUAUUGGCGACUUUGGAGAUAUAAUCUGGUGA